GCCCGUCUGCAGUCAACUCCAACAAAGCCCUCUGUUGGCCUGUGUCAUCUCCCAGCGCUGCUCUCUGUCUGCACAUUUAUCUUCCACCUUCGCGUUGUUUCUUCCCCUCCUUGUCCGGCUGGCCCGCAACCGUCCUUUCUGCACAUCUUGCUUUCUUCAGAUUAUAUUUCUUGUUUGUUUGUUUGUGUCCACCCGACGCUCAUUCGCAGUUUCAGCCCUGCUUUCUCGCCGCAUUUCGCCUUUAUUUCGCUUGUGUUCUGCACUAGCAGUAGUAGCCCGUACGUCCAGCAUCAGCGACGGCGCCCAUGAACGGCGCGUUGCACAUGUCUAUGUUGCCCUCAGCAGUCCCGUUUGACUUUUUACCACAUACCGCCCACUCGCGUUCCGGCUCUGUUUCCUCCGUCUCGUCCCACUCCAGCUCCCGUCCACCCUCAGCUCACGGUGACAUGCUUGCCGCCCAGAAUACAGUCCAGGGGAUGCACGGCGGCAUCGGUGCAGGUGGUCCAGGGCCUGGCGCAGGCAUGAACAUGGGAGAUGACUUAUAUAGGAGCGCUUACGCUCUCGGACUCAAGCAGGCGAUGCCCUCUCACACCCGUCAUUCAUCCUCGUCCACCGCCUUCUCCACUGAUCUCGCCUCCCCCGCCGACUCUCCGCCCACCCAGCACGCCCUGGCAAACCCCGCGCUCAAACCACAGAGUGGCCUGCGCCAGACGCACAUUCGUGCUGCCCGCGCCGCCACGUCGCCCUACCCGCGCGAUGCCGAGAGUGUCUAUUCGUCCUCGAGCGAGAACGAGGACAUGUCUCUCUUUUUCAGCAACCCCUCUCCGCCGGACUACACUCAGAUGUACAUUCAGAGCCAACAGGGAAACCCUACGCACGCGCAUCACCAGCACCAGCAAGAUGCAUUCCACGCUGCCGGCCAGUUUGGCCGUAUGACCCUUGGCCCUGAUCAUGCACUGGAGCAACUCGCUGCAAACGUCCGUGCUGCGACGACGACAAGCGCAUCAGACAGAGCGAAGCAGAUUUUUGUGCAAGCUUGGCUCAAUGCAAACUAUGCUCCUUAUCCCGAUGGGAACGUCCCCCGGCAGGGCCUCUACUUUUCAUACCGUCGAGUCUGUGACCAGUAUGGGAUUCCACAUAUCAACACAGCGACUUUGGGCAAGGCAAUUCGACUUUGUUUUCCCGCCAUCAAAACACGCCGUCUGGGUGUUCGAGGGAACAGCAAGUAUCACUAUUGUGGCAUCCGCCCAACGACGGCAACCGAGAUUGAAUGGCUGCAGGACUACGUACGCAAAUCAAACGCUGCGGCCAAUGCGAACAAGCAGGGUACUGCGGGAGGAGCCGGAGCAGGCGGCAAGGGCGGUGAUGACCACUCUGAAGACGAUGAAGACGAAGACGGAAGUGAGGGCGCAGCUCCUUCGACAUCAGGAUCCAAGCGCAACUCUCUGACAAUCAAUAAUGGAAUGAAGAGCCCGACACUGAUCCAAAUGGACACAGACAAGACGCCGACGACGAACACACUUCUAUCACAGGCUCAGGCGUCACAGCGCGCAAGCUUCCCGGCGCAUGCUCCCAUUCGCCGGCAUCCUCUUGGUGCUGAUCCUCUCACACUCGGCGGGUCAAGCCAUGCGCCUUCACCCCCUACUGCCUCUGCGGCAGCAUUUAUGGGGCCAGCGCAAAUGCGAUCUGUACGUGAACUUCCAGGGUUUCCGGACAUUGAAGAAGCGCUCGGACCAGAUUCGUCCUCGCCUCACGGGAUCGCUGCAAGAGAUGUAUGGCGUUGGUUUGAAGAUCAUCUGAAUGCACUGCUUGACAGUGUGCGGAACUAUCGCUUUGACCAGUUUGAACUUAAUUUGCGCUCGUUCUGGUCAAGCCUUAGCGGCGAUCACAGGGAGGUCGUCCACGCCCCGGCGGUCGCGGGUCUCAUGGCAAAGGCGGACGCCCUUGUUUAUAAUGAAAUACUUGAAAUUCUGCGUUUGCAGAUGCUGUCGCCGAUCCCGCCUCAAGCUUUGACAAGUUUGAGGCAGCUCGCUGAUAAAAUGGAGAAGAUUCUUCUACUUGCACUUGAGAAUUAUGGGAAUACAUUCGUAGAACCUAAAGUAGAGUUGGGAGCUCGUUUCGGGCACCUUGUUUUGCGCUUCCUGGAUAUCUUCCAAGUGACGCAGGCGUUAUCGACCGUGCUUACGAACCAGAAGCAGCUUUCGGAUAUGCGUCGUUCGUGGCAGAGCAUUGAUUUCGAGUCUGUCCGCAAUCAAUCAGCUCUUGUAUGCAACUGCCGACACGAAGAUCUCGUGCAGUUGCUCGAAGUCGACUUUGUUGCGCUUCUGAACAGCCUGUCAAAGAGCGCGGAACCUGUCGGAGAAGUCAUGGCAUGGGCUGACAAUGUCUGCGAACGUCUGAUGGGUGGAAACCGCGGUCCGAAUAUGACUGGUGGUGUAGAAGAGCGCUCGACGAUUUCGUCCCGAAGUAUCUUGAUCCGAUGGGGAUAUGUAACCAGUCAAAUUAUGCGUGAUCUGACUAUUCGUAGUGACCCGGCGUUUGGCGCGUUCCAGAUCUUGAAGCUUUUCCUCGACGACUGGAUUGCUUUGAACGUACUCCGUAGCGUGGCCUUAUCGACAAACUCUGUCGCUGCGUCCGUCGAACCGGUUAUUCAACAGCAACUAUUUACGUUGUCACCGAUGCAGGGCCAGGAAAACUACAACGCCGCUGGACAUGGUGGUGCACAUUCCAUCCUGAAUGAUACACCGACUACAUCAAGCAUGCUUGCUGCACUCCACGAUUCGUUCGGUGGUAGCGGACUUGAUGCUGGUGCAUUCGACUCGAGCAUGUCGAUGAACUUUGUCGACCCUUCGAGCGUUUCGCACGACAGUGGCAUGUUCAGCGACUACAACAGUAGUAGUGCGUUCGACGUUCCUACGUUCACACCGCAAGACCUCGGGCUUAACAGCGAUGCCGCGAGCGUUCACUCAUCGACAUCGGAGCAUUCACAGCAUUCAUCGCCGGAGGCUAACCUUGCGUCAGCGGUACCUGUAUCGACUCCAGCACCGGUCAAGGAUGAAUCUGGGCCUUAAAUUGUCAUCACUAUGAUGUGUAUAAUGGGAAUUUGUCAAUUGCAUUAUUUUUGCGAACAACCCUGUUUAUUGUUGGAUUGUUGGAUCUGGCUAUAAUUUGUGUUUUUUGUGUUGGCCCCCCUCAGAUGAUUUAUGUUUAGCUUCAGGAUUUCAUGGUUACCACCCUUUCCUUCCUUCCCUAUUCGUAAAGAAUUAUUAUUGCAACCGUUGUUGGUUGCUGCUUGUUGCUGCUGCUGCUGUUACAACGUAUAUAUUUGUGCCGUUGGUGUGCAGCUUACCCCUCGGAUUCGGUAUCUCUCUCUUCUUUUGGUUUCGUUCGGCUCCUUCCCCCAGUUUCUCAGUGCUUUUCUUUUCGUUUUUUUUUGCUCUAUUGUAAUUCUGCCAGCUCUCACGAUCAGACAGUCUAGUUAGUCCGCUGCCACCGCCCACCUCCUUUCUUCUCGUUUAUCUCCCACCCUGUACAUGAGUUUGAGUUUUCCUACGUCUUUUUGGUUCGUUUUUGCUUUCGCUAUUCCCCCAGCCCUAACCUUUUGCUGACACGGAUAUCUGUUGUCAAU